CAUAUAGCUAUAACCAUAUAGCCAUGGAUAUGUUUUCAUCUCGUAACUGGUCCUAUAAACUAAGUUCUUUGUCUGCUGAAGCAAGUGCUUCUUCUGGUAAUACCAUCCAAGAUUUUAAUGGCUUGAACAAUGUAAUUUCUAGUCGUCUUUGUACACACGCAGAGACUCAAAAGACUAAGAAAAGAAGAGGCAUUCCUGGCAAUCCUGAUCCAGAAGCAGAGGUAAUUGCAUUAUCACCAAAGACACUUCUUGCAACAAACAGAUUCGUAUGUGAGAUAUGCAACAAAGGGUUUCAAAGAGAUCAGAACCUACAGCUUCACAGGAGAGGCCACAAUCUUCCAUGGAAGCUUAAGCAGAAGAACAGCAAAGAACAUCAAAAGAAGAAAGUCUAUGUGUGCCCAGAGACAAAUUGUGUUCAUCAUCACCCAUCUAGGGCGCUUGGUGAUCUCACAGGGAUCAAGAAACACUUUUGCAGGAAACAUGGAGAGAAGAAAUGGAAAUGUGAGAAGUGUUCAAAGUUCUACGCUGUUCAAUCUGACUGGAAAGCUCACACUAAGGUCUGUGGUACAAGAGAGUAUAGAUGUGACUGUGGAACUCUUUUCUCGAGGAAAGACAGUUUCAUAACGCAUAGAGCGUUCUGCGAUGCAUUAGCAGAAGAAAAUGCAAGAAUCAUCUCAUCUUCUUCCUCCAACCUCACAAACCCUGACCCUAAUUUCCAAGAUCGUAACUUUAUGCUCAAUAAAUCUCCCUCUUCCUUGCUCUUCACGUCACCGUUUUACGCUGACCCAUCACGUUCCGCCGCCGCCGCCGCCGUUUCUUCAUCUUCGACGGCAGCUCUUUCAGCGACGGCUCUCCUCCAAAAAGCGACCGCUCUUAGCUCCGGCGCUUUUGGCGGCGGAGGAGGACAAACGCGAUCAAUUGGUCAUCACCGACAGUUGGCGACGACGGCCAACGAGCUUCUUGGUGUUGACCGAGUCAUGAUGAUGUCAUCUUCUUCGUCUGAGUACGAUCAGCUUGUUGUUGAUGGGUUAACGUCCACGUGGCAGAAAGCUGAUCAUUUGACCAGGGACUUUCUUGGACUCACGGGUCAUGGAGUGCACGUUAGCGUGAGACCCGGUGAUAUGCUAGAGUACACAGAUGGUGUGGCGUUUCCUAUGUCAGCGUACGAUACCGAAUCACAUAAUCACGAGUCGUCGUCGUUUCACAAGGCUUACGAUCUGGGAUUCUCUGGACCCCACACUAUGUAAAUGGGUAAAACUGGAAUUUACUUCCAUUAUUUUGUUGCUUAAUGACUCAAACACCCUCGGGAACAAACAAAGAGCAGAAGAGCAAUUCCUUUUUUUUGGUUACUUUUCUAGGGAUUGUUUUCUAAAUUUUCUAAUUGUUACAGCCUUAAAAAAUCUCUA